GUCCAUUAAGUGCCCAGAAAGAUGUGCAAGGAUUACCAACAAACACGGAUGCCCAUUUUGUUACUGCAAGCCUACUGCAUAAAGUUUGUUUAGCACCAGAUAUGUGUGUGAACGAUGGGAAGACUAAUGCAUAGUAUCUGCAUCUUCGCAGUGUUUGGACUGCUGUACAUUACAAGCUCCAAAGCUGGUGUGCCCAGAAAGCCCUGCCAAGAGGUGUGCAAAACAAAAUGUGAACACGGCUAUGUUUAUGACAAAGAUGGCUGUAAAACUUGCAAAUGUAAACCAAAAGUACAAAUAUGUCCUCCUGUGUGUGCAAUCUACUGCAAGUAUGGAAACGUUCUGGAUAAACAUGGAUGCAAAACUUGUAAAUGCAACCCAAAGCCUAAAUGUGGACCUGUCUGCGACCUAUUUUGUCCAAACGGAUAUCAAUUAGACAAAUACCUUUGCCCAAUAUGUCGUUGCAAACCUCCAAGUAAGUAUUUCAUGCGUUUAUUACUUAUUCAAGAAGCGGAUGAUGGUAUGCUUUGA